AUGGAAGAAUUAGAAUUUAUUCUACCUGAAUCUUCUAGUCAACAUUACUCUAGUCAAGGGAAACGAAGGAGAGAAGAGUCUUUAUAUAAUGAUAGAACGCCAGAAGUUGAAUUAUGGGUAGAUCGAUAUGCACCAAAAGUAGAGUCUGAUUUAUGUGUUCGACAAGAUAAAAUAAAAGAUGUGAAAGAUGCCAUUAAUUGUUCAUCCAUCGGAAAUCAACAACAACCUAUAAAACUUUUAUUAUUAUCUGGUCCAACAGGUUGUGGCAAAAGUACAUUAAUCAGAGUUCUUGAAAAAACAAUGCCACUUGAACUUGUAGAAUGGAUCAAUCCGAUUAAUGAGUAUGAUCAACAUAAUUAUGUAAAUACAAUGACUUUAUUUAGGCAAUUCCUAACCUCUUCUAUACGAAGAUCAAUUAUGCAAAAAGAAAAGCAAGAUAUGAAAAAAGUUAUUUUUAUAGAUGAUAUACCCGAUCUCACAACAGAUGAAGUUAAAAGAACAUUUCAUGCAUCAUUAAAAUCUUCAGUUGAAUCUUCUAUUCCAUGUUUGAUUAUUUUAGUUGUAAGUGAUGUGUGGAUGGAAUCAACUUUUAGCAGAAGAAAUUAUGAUGAUAAACUAAAUAACACGAUUGAUAUUAUACCCAGAGAUUUAGAAGACGACAAGAGAGUGAAACAAAUUAGAUUCAAACCAGUAACAACAACGAACAUGAAAAAAAUAUUGAAAAAGAUAAUGUCAAAUGAACAAACAAGAUUGUCUGAUAGUCAAUUAGUAGAUUUAAUAGAAAAGAGUGAAGGAGACAUUCGAGCUGCUAUUAAUAAUUUACAAUUCUAUGCUACACCAAACUCAAAUCUAUUAGGAAAAGGUCAAAAGAAGGCAAAGAUAAGUUCUGUAAAAGCAUUUGAUGAAAGGACAGGGCCCUUAGAUUUAUUUCAUGCUGUUGGUAAAGUACUUUAUGCCAAGAGAAAUAAAGACGAUUCUUUUGAAUCAAAGCCUGAGCAUAUUUUAAACAAAAUACCAGUAGACAAUGAUCUUUUUAUUAAUUAUUUACAUCAGAAUUGUUUAAACUUCUUUGAAGAUAUUGAAAGCUGCAGUAGAUCAUUAGAAUAUAUAAGUGAUGCAGAUGUGAUUCGAUCUAAUUAUGACUGGCAAGAAAAUAUGCCAAGCACAUAUCGUAAUCUAGUGACUAUGACGGGCAUUAUGAUUAAGCCAAAAACAACAUGUAGCUAUAAUUUUUAUUCGUUUUCUAAACCAAAAUUAGUUGAUGUUCAAAAUGCUCUAUUAAAAUAUAAAAACGAACACUAUUAUCAAGAGGUGUUACAAUCUGCAACUUUAAGAGCACAAUCACUUCAAUCAGAUGAAGAUAAAGAAAUGCAAAUUGAUCCAAUACAAGAUUUUAGUGAAGAUGAGUUUGAUGAUAUCUAUGGUGAUGGGUCAGAUUUAGCUUUAUUCAUGAAUUAUUAAAAUUGUAUUAUAUAGAGAACAAAACUUUAUUUGAGUUUUGAAUAAUUAAUCGCUGCCUCUUUAAAAAGUCUUUCUAGUUUACCAGAUUUUAAGGCAGAUCUUAAUGAAUCUGAACCACCAACAUGAUGUUGAUUAAUAAAUAUAUUAGGAACAGUAUUUUGAUUUGUU